UGAAGAAAGCAUGCUGGGAAGAAGUGACGCGCGCGUCACGUUGAUCUGAAUUUUUGCCCGGUAUCACAACAUUUCUCCUUAAACGGAGAGAAUAUUCACCAUUUUUUAGGAAAUAAAACAUUGUUCAUCAACGAUGUCGAAGCCCAAGAGUGAGAUGACGCCGGAGGAGCUGGCCCAGAGGGAACAGGAGGAGUUCAACACGGGCCCCCUCUCAGUGCUGACCCAGUCUGUCAAGAACAACACUCAGGUCCUCAUCAACUGCAGGAACAACAAGAAACUUCUGGCCAGAGUCAAGGCAUUUGACAGACACUGCAACAUGGUCCUAGAGAAUGUAAAAGAGAUGUGGACAGAGGUGCCAAAGACAGGAAAAGGCAAGAAGAAGUCCAAACCCAUCAACAAGGAUCGCUACAUCUCCAAGAUGUUCCUACGAGGCGACUCGGUCAUCCUGGUUCUCCGUAAUCCGCUCGCCACUGCCGCUAAAUGAGGACUGGAGCUUUUUUUGUACUUACUUGUAGACGUCAACAUUUCAUUUUGUAUUGUACAAUUUAUAUGCCCCAAAAACCUUACGGUGAAUGGCCAAACCACAACUUAUCUUCCUACCAAACUAGAGAGCAGUAUGUGUAACAGUUAUGAAUGUUUUCAGAUAGGAUUCUGUGGUAGUUGAAGUAGACUACCCUGUCUAGGACAGAUCCUUGAUGUACAUGUACUAUGUCCCACUACUGACACUGUUGACCAUACAGCUUGAUAGUUAUAUUGAGGAAGAUUUCACUUCUUCAACAAACUUUCUUUAAAACUGAGAUACGUUUAGUCAAAGAAGAAGCGUUUAGAUUUUUAUCACACUUUUGUGUUGUGGUAGAGGGGCACAUCAUAUGGCAGCAUUUCUUGCUAGAGUAGGACUAGAACCUAUUUUUAUUUCUUCAGCCUUUGUUCAUGACAUUCAUCAUAAGAAAGCUUUCUUGUAAAAGAAACAAGUGGUACUUUUAUCUGCCACAUCUGACUAAGUUCAGAGCUGGAAGACUUUUCUAUUGCUGUCCAACUCCUGAAUAAAGAACAUUCCCACAUUGGUAGUGA